AGAAUAUUUACAUCAGUUUUGGCUUUUGGCAAAUGAAGUUCUGUGUUUUGGCUAUUUUUUUUUCUACUGCAUGGUUGUCUUUCUGUUGGAUACAAAUCGCGUAGAAAUUCUAAAUUUUCAGUGUUUGCUGGCUGCCGAGCAAGAGUGGAACUUCAGUAUGCUAUCCGAACUGUGCAGCGGCCUGGCGAAGAGCGUCUCUGCGACGAAUCUGCUGCGAAAGUCGAAUUGUUGCGGCUGUUUGACGCUGCCACAGGCGCGGCUGGCAUGCACGCAAAGGCAGACACCCACGCGGCGGGAUCACCUGUGCGCCAUGAAGCGGGAGGAAUACGAUGUCCUGGUGAUUGGCGGAGGCUCUGCCGGCUGUGGCUGUGCGCUGGACGCGGCAUCGCGCGGCCUCAAAACGGCCCUCAUAGACGCCGAUGACUUCUCGAGUGGGGCCAGCUCGAAGUCGAGCAAACUAAUCGACGGCAGCGGCUCCUACAUCAGUGACGCCAUCCGGGACAAGAACCUCGAGCAGCUGCACAUCAUGCAGCAGGUGAUGAGCGAGCGGGCCACCAUGCUGAGGAUCGCCCCCCAUCUGAACCGAGUCCAGCCGAUGCUGAUGCCCAUCUACAGUGUCCUGCGCUUGCCCUUCUACUGGCUGGGCUUCAAGGCGUACGACUGGUUGGCUGGAGCAUCGAACGUGGGCAGCUCUCACUUUCUGUCCAAGCAGGAGACCCUCGAUGAGUUCCCCCUGCUGCAGGCCAAGGGUCUGCGCGGCGGACUGGUCUACUACGAUGGCCAGGUGGACGAUGCCCGCAUGUGCCUGGCGCUCGUCAUGUCAGCCGUCAAUCUGGGCGCCAAUGUGGCCAAUCACAUGCAGCUGAUCGAGCUGAUACGCAAGGACGGCUGCUGUCGCUGUGCCGGAGUGCGCGAUGUGCUCACCGACGAGAAGUUCUACAUCGAGGCCAGGUCGGUGAUCAAUGCCACUGGCGCCCACACGGACACCGUGCGGCAGCUGGACGACAGCAGAACGGUGCCGAUUUCCGUGCCCACGCUGGGCACCACCCUGGCCCUGCCCAGCUACUUCGGCUCGCCGCAGUACGGCCUGCUGAGUCCCGCCGCCACCAAGUGCCAUCCGACGCUGGUGAUGGUGCCCUUCGAGAACCACGUGCUGCUGGGCACCUCGACUGGCACCGUCGACGACAUCAAACAGAGCCCCACGCCGCAGGAGUACGAUGUGGAGCUGCUGCUGGACUCGGCUCGCGAUCACAUGGACGAAUGCGUUCAGCUGGGCCCGGAGCAUGUGCUCAGCGCCUGGACAGGCAUGCGGCCGGCUGUGGUCUGUCCCACGGAGGCCAAACCCGCCAGUCCGGCCAGUCCGAGUGCAGCAGUGGCAGAAAAGGAACAGCUGCCGGUGCGCAACUAUCUUCUGGAGGUCAGCGAGUGCCGUCUGAUCACUUUGGGCGGUGGGCGUUGGAGCACGUACCGCGUGAUGGCCGCCGAUGCGGUGGACACCGCCGUCGCGGUGUGCGACCUGAACUGCGAACUGCCGCCCAGCUGCACCGAGGACCUGAUGCUGGACGGUGCCGAGGGCUGGAACUGCAUGCUGCCGCUCGAGUUGUGCCAGGCCUACGGUGUGCCCAUGGACGUGGCACAGCACAUUGCCGAGUCCUAUGGCUGCAAUGGCCACACUCUCCUCGCGGAGGCCACGCCGGAGUCGAAGCGGCGGCUGCACUGCCACUUUCCGUACAUCGAGGCAGAGAUCCACUAUGCGGCCCGGCACGAGUACGCCUGCACCCUGGUGGACAUCAUUGCGCGACGGCUGCGCGUGGCCUUUGUGGAUGCGCUGGCUGCGCUGCUGAUGCUGCCACGCAUCCUGGCCAUCAUGUCCGAGCACCACAAGUGGGCGAAGAAGGACCAGACCAAGGAGCUGGUCUUGGCCCAGCAGUUUCUGGUGCGUCAGAUGGGUCUGGGCUCUGUGGUGAAGGCCAAGCAACAGACUCACACGCACACCACAGCCAAGGGGGCCGCGAUGAGCAGCGGCUCGUUACCAGCUCGGGAUUCGCAGAUCCCGAACAGAAGCUUCUGCAAGCGACUUGGUCUAGAUGCGGGUUCGCCCCGCCAGCAGGGGCUCAAGCCACAGAAGGCGGAAAAGUACCAGUUCGCUGUGAAUUUCACCCACAAGUGCAAGUCGCUGGCCAAGAGCCAGAGCAAGAGCCACUGCAAGAGCAAGAGCCAGAGCAAGAGCCAGACCAAGAGCCAGAGCAAGAGAGCUGCCACAGUGAAAGAGUCUGUUCCCGUUGCAGAGUCAACGUUUGAGUUCAUGCCGUUGCCCGUGACGAGCGGCAUUACCACGGUAGCAGCCACCUCUCGAUCCUCAGGCAAAGCGGCCCUGCUCCCCAUUACCUGGACCACGGGCAAACGCGAUCUGGCCCAUUCAGUGUGGCGCAACAAAUUCAUGUGCUGAGCGUUCAAGCUGACGAUGUCGAUGCUGCCACAUGUCCCACAAGAUCUAUUGCCCUCGAGUAAUUGCAUACGUGCCUAUGGUGUGGAAUAGUAUGCAGAAUUCGUGAAUAAAUUAAAUGCAGCUAAA